AUGAGAAACAACUCGACCCUCAGCAAAACUGCCUCCACUCCUAAUAUACGCCAGGCCGAAAUUAUGCGAUUGCUCCAACGCUUCUCCUCCAGAGAGGUUCGGUUUGAAAAGCUCUCUUCUGAGGAGGACCCUCUAAACAAUAACGAUGACCAAGUGACAUACGCAAGCCGCAACCGGCACCACUUUUGGUUGUCACCAUGGUACUUGCAUCUGGCUCUGUUGACUUUCAAUGCCUUCUUGUAUCUCUGUAUCGUCAUGAAAGGACCAUCCGACAACUAUGUGCCCUCCCCAGCAAGCGAGGCUAUCGCUUAUGAGGAAGUAUACUUCAACGCAUCUUUGAAGAUUGAGAGUCCAUUUACAGGCGAGCCUCGCCCCGAGCUUGACCAAGCCUGGACCGACCUACUCCAGUAUUCCAGCAUCGCAGUAUCUGGUGACGACCUCAAAAGAAUCAACAAGACCUUGAUUCCGAUCCCCGGGGCCAAGGACUUGUAG